GGGGCGGUGACGGCGGCCGCUGCCGGCCCGUCCGCGGCCCCGGCCCGCUCGGCGGGAGCGGGACUGGGCGUGCCGUGGGCGGCGCUCGGGCGGGAGGCGCGCCCGGCGCGGGAGAGCCGAGCGGGACAUGGCCGAGGCGCGGCCGCUGCCGCCCGCCGCGGUGCCCGAGGGAUCGCCCGGCGCCGAGCCCCGGAGGGUCCGCCGCGGGAGCGAGGGGUCGGGGUCGCCGGAGCCGCCCGGCGGCGACACGCGGGAGCUGCUGGAGGAGGUGGAGAUGCAGAUCGGCGACGCCGCCUUCUCGCUGGCGAAGAUCCUGGAGGCGACGUCGGCCGUGUCGGCCCAGGUGGAGGAGCUGGCCAGCAAGUGCUCGGAGAACGCCCGGUUCCUCAGGACGUGGCGGGACCUGCUGAGGGAGGGCUACGAGUCGCUGAAGCCCAGCGGCUGACGCCGGCCCUGCCCGCCGAGCCCCGCGCUGCCCCUGCCGACCGCCGCCCUGAGGGACCUCACCUGGAGUUCUGUUUCCCCCCAGAGUUCUCUCACAAAUACUUGAGGGCUCUCGUAUGGAUGGUUUAUGUUAGUCUACCCAAUUAAAAAAAAAACCUGUUUAGGGAAUCAGUUUUGACUUUUAGAUUCUUCGUUGAAGCUCAAGCGAUCUCUUACUGUCCUGUUUUUUCUCUCUCUUUUGUGCUAACGUGGUAGAUACAAAGUUAGUAUGAAUGCUACGUUCUGAACUCAAUACUGGUAGGGCAGUGAUGUCCUAUGAUAAAGAAUUGCCAGCCCUCAUUUUUAAGAGCUGUCACCAGCAGAAACCCUGCCAACCUCAGAGAAACUUCACCUAACUUCAUUUUUUUGUUACACAUACUUUUUCUUCACUUUGAGUAUGGGACAAUGCAGCAAGUUGUGGCUUAUUUAUGAGCUGUAGAAAAAUCCUAUGUACCAAAUCUUACUAUUUUUAGCAGUAUUGCAAGCAUGUCUGUAAAACUGCAGAUUAUUUUUUGCAAGAUGUUUAUUACUGCAAACAAUUUUACCCAGCCUUUAGUUGUAAUUAAGUGCCUUAUGAUGAACCCUAUACCUCUGCAGGGUAGGAGUUUAGCAGCAUUUACUGAUAGGAUGGAUUAUUUCGAACUGUAAGUAAAAGCUUCUAUUGGAAUAGGAUCUGUGACAUGUAUUCUCCCAUCUCUGGGGAAGCACCUCAGAGUUAUUUAGCUCUGUCCUGUUUUUCAUCUUUGCCUUAAGCAGUGACUAGUUUGAUAGCCUAGAGCUUACUGUUAAUAGAACCUUUUGGUCUGAAGGAUGGCUGAUCUGUAAUAAGUAGCUGUCCUGACACUCCUGUACCUUAGCCAGGCACUGUGGAAAAAAGUAAUGCUGAGAUGCAAUGGCAGGCUGCAGGAGAACGUGACUCUGCCACGACUUAUUAGCAGGCCUUAUUUUUACUUAUAGGACUCUGAGAAAGACCCUCUGUAGCUUGCUUAUCAAAACAAUAAAGAAGUUGCAAAAAUUA